CCUUGCACGUGAGCCACCCCCAUCAGAUCAAAUCAUUUUUCCUUUCAGCACAUGCAUGUACCAUACAUGAUGUAUGGAUACACCAUUGGUCCCACAUACUCACACAAAGGAUGCACAUGCCACUCAUUAAAAAUCUGAACCAUAUCCUCUCUCUCACUCACUCGUCGACCUUUUCUUCUUCCUCAUUCUAUUUCUUCUGCAACUUCUCUUCUUCCUCCUCACCAUUUUCUUCUUUCCAACAUGUCUGGAACAACAACACCACCACGAGCCAAAACCGCGAGCACCACCACCACCUCCAUGCCUCCUUCACGCAGCAACCACCACUGUCCAUGUUCUGUUUUUCCUCUCCAUGAGAGCCACCACCUUUUUCCUCCGAUCUCCGGCGAACCAUUAAGUUUUUGGAGAAACCAACGCCACCACUGAACUCCUCUCAUCAACCGCAACAAAACCCCUUCAUCGAUUCGAUGAUCGGCCACCGCGACACCGGCGACCGCCGCCGCCGCCGUCUACUCCGGCGAGCUUUGUUCUGAGAACGGAGGCCAAUUUCUUGAAGCUCUCAACCUCCUUUUCCUGAAUCCAAGGCCCAAUCAUCAGUAAGAGGGCUUGCUGUUCAUCAGAGGAAGAUAAGGCCAUGACCAGAGGAAGAAUUGAAGCUCAGCCCCAUGACCAUGAGACUUGAGGUAGAAGGAGAAAGACAUGAACUUUUUGCUUAAAAGUUUUGGGUCAAUAGGGGCCCUUAUGCGUCUGUUGUGUGUGUGAGUUAGUGUCUUGGUUGUUCAAUUGCAAAGGGCAUGGGAAUUUCAAUUGUAUUCUUCCAUUUAGUUUACUGUAUUAUACCUGAUAAGUUUAUGAGGGGAGGAAAAUAGGAUUGUUAGCUUAGCUAUGUGUUAAUUAUUAGAGCAUCUCCAAUGGUGAGAUCUUAUUUUGGGACUUAACUUACUUUUUGUGGGUCCAGAUUGCGACAUAGGAUUUAAGACACUCAUAAGGUCCCUAUGCACAUUUUACUCUAGUGGUUGAGAUCUUAUUUUACUUUUAACUGGACCCACAGUACUCAAUAUAUUUAUAUUAUUUAUUUCUCUCCCUAUUUUUCACUUUGGUUCUUGUAUUGAAGGAGAGAGACAAAAAAAUAUUAUUUUAUUUAAGAUCCCACAUUUGAGAGUACCUGAGCUAAGACACGGAUCUUAGCAAAAAUUAAGAUCUCAUGUCACGUAGGAUAGCUCCAAUGGUGAGAUCUAAUAAGAUCCGGAUCUUAUUUUAAGAUCCCAAAAUAAGGACUCCAUUGGAGAUGCUCUUAGUCCAGUUGGAAAAUGAAAAUUUUGUAUGUGUUUUCUGUUUUGGGUAAAGCUUACAUAAACCUGUUUUACUUUUGGACUGGGCGAACCCCUAGAGGGACAACGCCCAGCAUGCAGCCCGCCGUAAGGCGGGGCCCUGACCUUAAAAUUGGGUCUUGAUCUCGGAGGCCCAAUGGGUAGUACCCAAGCUCUAUAAAUAGGAGGUGGUUACCAAUUGUAAGGGACUUUUGCUCAUUUGAUGAAAUAACACUUUGAAAUUCAGCAUUCUCUUUGAUUCUCAUUCUCUCUUAGCACAAUUCCUUUACUUCUAGGUACUAUACCUCUCUUCAAUGUUCAUGGCAAGAACAUUUGGCGCCGUCUGUGUGGACUGUAAACUUUCUACUCCCAUUCACGUGGAUUGAUUGUGCAGGAAGUUAUCUCUGAAUGCUAUCAGGCAAUUCUCUGGACUUUUGACUUUGAUUCUGUAACCGGUGUUCGUUUUCCGAUCGAGUUUGCAUCGUUCUUGGUUUCGAUGGAGACUCGACGCAGGAGACAGCAUCAUUCACCGGUGCGACAGCGAAUUUCGCCGCCUCGACGGCCUCAUCGUGUGGUCCUAGAUUCUCUGGUACGAAUGGCGGGAGUACAACCGCCUUCUCCUCCUCCAUCACCACCACCUCCUCCAUCGCCUUCACAGGUUGGAUCUCUGGAGCGCUCACCAGAGAACUCACCUGCUCCGGAGCAACAACCGGCGGUAACAGAGGAGCAAUGGCGCCAUUUGAUGCGCAGCAUUGGCAACAUCCAGCAGCGGAAUGAGCAUCUACAGGCUCAGUUAGAUUUCUACCGUCGCGAACAGCGAGAUGAUGGAAGCAGAGAAGCAGAUUCCGUGGCUGAGUUCCGUCCGUUCUCGGAGGAUGUGGAGAGUGUGGCGAUUCCGGAUAAUAUGAAAACGUUAGUUCUGGAUUCUUACAGCGGAGAUUCCGAUCCGAAGGAUCAUCUUCUGUAUUUCAAUACGAAGAUGGUGAUAAUUGCGGCGUCAGAUGCGGUGAAGUGCAUGAUGUUUCCAUCGACGUUUAAAUCGACGGCGGUGGCGUGGUUCACAACUUUACCGCGCGGAUCGAUUUCAAAUUUCAGAGACUUCUCAUCCAAGUUUCUAGUGCAAUUCUCGGCGAAUAAGAAUCAGCCGGUGACGAUCAAUGACCUAUACAAUAUUCGCCAGCAAGAAGGGGAGUCACUGAAAGAGUACAUGGCAAGGUACAGCGCGGCGUCGGUCAAGGUAGAGGACGAGGAGCCUCGAGCCUGUGCUUUAGCAUUUAAAAACGGUUUGCUACCGGGAGGAUUGAACAACAAAUUGACACGUAAGCCGGCGCGCUCGAUGGAAGAGAUGCGUGCUCGUGCCAGCACUUAUAUCCUUGAUGAGGAGGACGACGCUUUCAAAAGAAAGCGCGCAAAGCUGGAAAAGGGCGACACGUCGCCCAAGCGCGCGAAAAAAGAUAAGAAUGACGAAGAUAAGGGGGAUGGCAAGCAGCAAAGGCAAGAUAAAGGGAAGCCGGUAUUCAAGCCGACCAAGGAGCAGUGAACAGCGCCGGCCAUGGCAAUCCAAGUCCCAUCGCCAGCGGGAGGAAGCUGACAUGGUAAUGAAUACUGAAUUAACGGAUAUGCUCCGUGAGGCGAGGGGCGCAAAUCUAGUGGAUGAGCCAGAGGCCCCUAAGUAUCAAUCACGGGACGCCAAUCCCAAGAAGUGGUGUGAAUUCCAUCGGUCCGCCGGGCACAGCACAGACGACUGCUGGACUUUGCAGCGGGAAAUUGAUAAGUUGAUUCGGGCGGGAUAUCAAGGAAAUCGCCAAGGCCAGUGGCGCAACAACGGCGAUCACAACAAAACGCAUAAGCGAGAGGAGGAGCGAGUGGACACUAAGGGCAAGAAAAAGCAAGAAUCAGCGGCUAUCGCCACAAGAGGAGCUGAUGACACGUUCGCUCAACACUCAGGACCGCCCGUCGGGACCAUAAACACCAUCGCUGGAGGAUUUGGCGGCGGUGGCGACACCCAUGCGGCGCGGAAACGCCAUGUUCGUGCCGUUAAUUCCGUUCAUGAGGUCGCUUUUGGAUUUGUACACCCUGACAUAACAAUCUCGAUGGCAGACUUUGAGGGGAUAAAGCCUCAUAAGGAUGACCCGAUCGUAGUGCAGUUAAGGAUGAACAGUUUCAACGUUAGAAGGGUACUCCUGGAUCAGGGUAGUUCGGCUGAUAUUAUCUAUGGCGAUGCAUUCGACAAGUUGGGACUAACUGACAGUGAUCUGACUCCAUAUGCGGGAACCUUGGUAGGUUUCGCGGGGGAGCAAGUGAUGGUGCGAGGAUACAUUGAUCUAGACACAAUAUUCGGGGAAGAUGAGUGUGCCAGGGUUUUGAAGGUAAGGUAUCUGGUUCUCCAGGUGGUGGCGUCUUACAACGUCAUCAUUGGGCGAAAUACAUUGAAUCGCCUUUGUGCUGUAAUUUCUACAGCCCACUUGGCGGUCAAGUAUCCGCUAAGCAGUGGAAAUGUUGGAAAGCUGAAGGUGGACCGGAAGAUGGCGAGGGAGUGUUACAAUAAUUGCCUUAACUUGUAUGGCAAGAAGAGUGCGUUGGUCGGUCAUAGAUGUUAUGAAAUUGAAGCUUCGGAUGAAAAUCUUGACCCACGUGGCGAGGGGCGGGUAAACAGGCCCACGCCGAUUGAAGAAACGAAGGCGCUAAAGUUUGGCGAUCGCACUUUGAAGAUUGGGACCAGACUGACAGAAGAGCAGGAGACGCGCCUGACAAAGCUGCUUGGGGAGAACUUAGAUUUGUUUGUUUGGAGCUGCAAAGACAUGCCUGGAAUUGAUCCAAACUUCAUCUGCCAUCGACUAGCAUUGAAUCCAAGUGUCAAGCCUGUUUCACAACUUAGGCGGCGCUUGGGAGGAGACAAGGGAAAGGCGGUUCAACAGGAAGUUGACAAGUUGCUGCCGGCAGAGUUCAUCAGGGAAGUGAAGUAUCCGACGUGGUUGGCGAACGUCGUAAUGGUGAAGAAGGCGAACGGGAAGUGGCGAAUGUGUGUAGAUUACACAGACUUAAACAAAGCAUGUCCAAAAGAUUCAUAUCCCCUUCCCAGCAUUGAUAGCCUCGUUGAUGGUGCCUCGGGCAACGAACUGCUUAGCUUGAUGGACGCUUAUUCUGGCUAUCAUCAGAUCCGCAUGCACCCGGCAGACGAGGACAAAACGGCUUUCAUGACCGCCAGAGUCAAUUAUUGCUAUCGCACCAUGCCGUUUGGACUAAAGAACGCUGGGGCGACCAACCAAAGGUUGAUGGAUAGGGUUUUUGCUGGGCAGGUGGGAAGAAACAUGGAGGUUUACGUUGAUGAUAUGAUUGUUAAAUCGGUACGUGGUUUGGACCAUCAUCAAGAUCUCGGGGAAGCAUUAGGCGAGAUAAGGAAGCACAAUAUGCGCCUCAACCCGGAGAAAUGCUCUUUUGGUGUUCAGGGUGGCAAGUUUUUGGGAUUCAUGAUCACAUCCAGAGGAAUAGAGAUAAACCCAGAUAAAUGUAAGGCGAUUCAGCAGAUGAAAAGCCCUUCUAAUGUGAAGGAGGUCCAACGUUUAACAGGGCGAAUAGCAGCGUUAUCUCGGUUUCUUCCUAAGUCUGGUGACAGAUCUUUCCCUUUUUUCAAGUGUCUUCGCAAGAAUGUCGCAUUUGAGUGGACGGCGGAGUGUGAGGAAGCUUUUGUUCGCCUCAAGGAACUCCUAUCGUCGCCACCAAUCUUGUCGAAGCCAAUACAGGGACACCCGCUGCAUUUGUAUUUUGCUGUGAGCGAUAGUGCUCUGAGUUCUGUGAUAUUGCAGGAGGUAGAUGGCGAACAUUGAAUUGUUUAUUUUGUUAGUCACACACUCCAGGGCGCAGAGGUCAGAUACCAGAAAAUCGAGAAGGCAGCAUUAGCGGUCCUCGUCACCGCCCGGCGGUUAAGACCUUACUUUCAGAGUUUUCCAGUAAGGGUGCGGACGGAUUUACCCCUGAGACAAGUGUUACAAAAGCCGAAUUUGUCAGGCAGAUUGGUCGCCUGGUCGGUUGAAUUGUCCGAAUAUGGGUUGCAAUAUGAUAAACGAGGCAAGGUUGGCGCACAGUCGCUGGCUGAUUUUGUGGUGGAAUUAACCCCAGAUCGGUUUGGAAGAGUAGACACACAGUGGACUCUCUUUGUAGAUGGAUCCUCCAAUAGCAGCGGCAGUGGCGCGGGAGUAACGUUGGAAGAACCAGGAGAUCUAAUACUGGAACAAUCGCUGAAAUUUGAGUUCAAAGCCACAAACAACCAGUCAGAGUAUGAAGCUCUCAUCGCCGGGUUGAAGUUGGCGCGGGAAGUAAAGAUCGGGAGCUUGUUGAUAAGAACGGACUCACAAUUGGUGGAGAAUCAAGUGAAGGGAACUUUCCAGGUCAAAGAUCUCAAUCUGUUCAAGUACCUUGAGCGGGUACGAUAUUUGAUGACACUUUUCCAAGAGGUCGUGGUAGAGUACGUUCCUCGGGCAGAAAAUCAGCGGGCGGACGCGCUGGCCAAAUUGGCGAGCACGCGGAAGCCCGGCAAUAACAAAAGUGUGAUUCAGGAAACGCUGGCGUACCCAAGCAUCGAAGGCGAGCUCAUGGCGUGCGUAAACCGAGGGGGGACAUGGAUGGGUCCCAUAAUAUCUAUCUUGGCGGGGGACCCGGCGGAAGUGGAGCAAUGCACGAAGGAACAACGGCGGGAGGCGAGCCACUAUACUCUUAUUGAUGGACACUUGUAUCGCCGUGGUUUUUCAACGCCGUUGUUAAAAUGCGUACCGCCAGAGAAGUACGAGGCGAUAAUGUCUGAAGUACAUGAAGGAGUGUGUGCGAGCCACAUCGGGGGAAGGGCUUUGGCUUGCAAGGUGUCGAGGGCGGGUUUUUACUGGCCCACCCUCAGGAAAGAUUGUAUGGACUUCGUGAAGCAGUGCAAGAAAUGUCAGGUGUUCGCGGAUUUGUCUAAGGCACCGCCAAAAGAGUUGGUAACGAUGAGCGCCCCAUGGCCUUUCGCCAUGUGGGGUGUGGACUUGGUCGGACCUUUUCCGACCGCCAAGGCGCAAAUGAAGUUUAUAUUAGUGGCGGUGGACUACUUCACUAAGUGGAUUGAGGCUGAGCCCCUGGCCAAGAUUACUUCUGCAAAGAUAGUCAAUUUCUACUGGAAGCGUAUUGUUUGCAGGUUCGGGAUUCCAAGGGCGAUCGUGUCUGACAACGGGACCCAGUUUUCAAGCAGCCAAACAAGGGAGUUUUGCAGGGAAAUGGGCAUACAGAUGAGGUUCGCCUCUGUUGAGCAUCCGCAGACGAACGGGCAGGUGGAAUCUGCGAACAGGGUAAUCCUACGAGGACUAAGACGACGGCUUGCGGAGGCUAAGGGAGCUUGGUUGGAUGAACUUCUGGUGGUGCUGUGGUCGUACAACACCACUGUGCAAUCUACUACAAGGGAAACCCCCUUUAGAAUGACCUAUGGGGUACAUGCCAUGUUGCCGGUGGAGAUUGACAACUUCACAUGGCGGACUCAACCAGGUUUUGAAGGGGAAAAUCAGGCCAACAUGGCGAUGGAGCUGGACCUUUUGUCGGAAACGCGCGACGAGGCGCACAUUCGGGAAACAGCGAUGAAGCAGCGCGUGGCGGCAAAGUUCAACAGCAGGGUUCGCGUCCGAGAUAUGCAGGUCGGCGACCUGGUCCUCAAGUGGCGAUCGGGAGCUCCGGGGAACAAGCUUACUCCUAACUGGGAAGGGCCCUACCGCAUUAUUAAAGUUCUUGGUAAUGGGGCCUAUCACUUAGAAGAGCUUGAUGGAAGGCGGUUACCUCGGUCGUUCAAUGGUUUGAGCUUGCGUUACUAUUAUAGUUGAUCGCAGGCGAGAAAGUGAACAAGGCGGAGUCGCCGGAGCCAGAUAUCUUUGAAAUUUUCUGAAGUGUUUUCAAAUUCUCCAAUGUAUUGCAAUAACAAAGCGUGCUCUUUUUCUCCGAAAGGAGUUUUUUAAUGAGGCGCUCCGUCAAUGAAAUAAAACGAAAAUUCACGAAAUUCGUGUCCAAAAAUUCCAGGGAUUCCCUGACGAUCGGAAUUGCCGAUCGACAUAAAGAAUUACGGCGAUCACUAAGUGGGACGAGCUUGAUCCCCAAAGGGGCUUGCUGGAACCCUGAAGGUGGCGGCGAUUCCACAAAUGGCCUUUGACGCCUGGGAAUCACCCCCCGGAAAGUCUAACGUGAUCGCCGGUCCCGUAAACGAUGUGCUGGGUAAGUCUCGCCAGAAUACGACGAGCACCGUUAACUAGGCAAAAGUCUUGGGACCCCCAAAUGGCCAUUGGGACCCAAGCAUUGUAAGCCCCGAGCGGGCAAAGCCCCGGGCGAAGCCCUCGAGAAUGGAGGCCAUUUAUCCCUUUGUGGAAAAUGUUAAAGUCUUGGUGGGGAAAUACCAAGCAACAAGUCCUAGUUAAAAUUAACGCACAGAAUCGUUAGGCGUAAUUCAAUCAUAUGACGCGUGAAAAAAUGGCGCAAGAUAUAAGGUCGGCGGAUGAAUAUUUGGCGAAAGCAUUCCAACAUGAUUUACAAAAUAUCUAACGGCAAUAUAAAAGCUAUGGCGAAAAGUUGCUUAUAUAUAUGAAUGGCGGAAAAGUGCAUGACAAGAAGGCAGUAAAAGCUAAGUGAUGUUAAAAUUACAUUAUUCAUUGUUUUCUUUCUCUUUCUCUUGUUCUUCUUCUUCCUCUUCUUCUUCAGUCGCUGUCAAGAGGUGUUGGUCGAUCAGGGGAGGAUCGUCGGGACCAACCAGUCCUUCAGCGGUUAUCUCUUUCAUUACUCCCAUGGCGCUAAAGUCAAAGUUCGGGUACAAAUGUUGGGCCUGAUCUUUGGCGAGGUAGAAACCGCGCUCGCGAUUGUCAAGGGCGAUGUCAACGGCUUGUUCCCUCGCCUCAGUGGCUUUGGCUUUCUCCGUUGCCAGCUCGUCCUCGAGCACUUUGAUUCUGGCCAGUUGGGAAGCAAUCUCGGCAUCUUUCGUGGCGAGGGCCUCAGCGUGAGCGCCGGUCGUUUUCUUGAUUUCCUCAGAUGUGGCUUGCAUCACCGCCUCCAUGUUAGACCUCGCCAGGGCCAGGGACUCGGCAUACUUUUUCUCUUGCUCCGUCAGCGCCUUCUUCGCUAACUCCAGCUCAGCGCGCAAUGUUGCGAGCUCCGACUCUUUAGCAACCAGCAUCUCGCCUCUGGCGAUCAGGUCCUUCUCAGCUUGCUCUUUUUCCUUCUUGCAAGCUUGAAGACUUGCGUCAAGAUCAUCCGCUUCUUCCUUCAUCAGCGCCAGCUGAUCCUCUAGUUCGCCGAUUUUAAUCCCCGCCGUGCCAAUCAUCUUGUCGGCAUAGACUUUGUCUUUUCCUGCCUGCGUCGCUAGUUUGUCGAAACGCUUUUCCCAAGCAGCGGCGGCUUCUUGAUGCUUAGCACUUUCGGCCUUCAACCGCUCAGCUUCAACGGUGGCGGCGUUGAACUUCUCAAACGCGUGGGCAAAGAUGCACCCAGCACGUAAAAGACAGGCAAGGGUUUCCUCCUUAGUCUCGUUGAUGCCUCGGCUCAGCACUUCUUUUUCUAUGGCGUCGCGGUUGAGGCCAGUGAGCAGGAAUUCUGAGGGUUCGAUGGCAUUGGGGAGCAUAUUGUAAUAGCUUGUAGAGCUGCCCUCGGGAGCAGGAGCUUGCUCAAUCCGGGCUGCUUCAGAGGUAAUGGUGGCGCCAGGGCAGGAUCUUUCCUCUUGAUGAGGCGGGGAGGGCAUGGAGCCCCCAUCAUUUGUUGGGGUGGGCUAGGAGGUGCGUCCUGGCGGGUGGGAGAUUUCGGGGUUUCAUCUUCUUUUUCUUUCUCCCCAGCAGGAGUAUCGGAAGACGCAGCGGCAUUGGUGGCAGCAGGUUUCUCAACAGCCGGAGAUUGGGAAAUGUUGGUGUUUGUGUCAGCGGAGGUGGCUAUGGCACCGGAGGAGGCGAUUGUGGCGCCAGCAGUGGACUCGGCGCCAGCAGUGGACUCGGCGGCGGCAGUGGCAGAAGUAGGAGCCGGGACGGUGGUUGUCUCGGUGACCGCGGCGACGGAGGCUUCAGCGACAUUUUUGCCUUUAGGCACAGCAGCAGUGGAGGUCUGAGCGCCAGGGUUGGAGGUGCCGGCGCCGGAGGAGGCUUUGACCAAUUUUCUCCUCUUGGGAGCUUUGGCGCCCUCAGCUUGGUUCUCGGCACCGCCCCGCUUUUUCACGUCGCCCUCAGUGUUGAACUUUGGGGAAAAGCGAGCCAUUCUCCUCUCGCGGGCCUUCAGGAGCUCGGCGUUCGUGAAAUUCAUAUCUUCUGCAACAAUAAAAAACAUCAGUGACAACUCAGAAGGCGAGAAAAGAAGGUGUCGAUAAGAAAACCAAGCUAUGGACAACCUAGGUAUUUGGGAGUCCUUGAGUGGUCAGCGCCCUCAAGGACUGUUGAGCAGUCAAGGAUGGGGAGCGGGGCAAGGAGAUUCAGAAAAGCUUUAUCGUUGGGGGACAAUGAUUCCUCUGAAGGAUCAGUAAUCCCAUUACGCUUCUCCGUCCAGUAAAGAGGGAAAAGGGCGGUCCCAUCCCUAAGGGUAAAGGCCUCUGGAUAGGCAGGGUGAACCGCCACACGAAAGUACUUCCGCGCGAAGGAGGACUUCGCGUUACUUUUGUGGGGAUUCAAGCACUUCCGGCCGGCUCGGGCCUUUAAGGACUUGGGGUCAACAUCGUAGAGGUAGAAGAAACUGGUGGGAGAGGGGGCGAUGCCAACCGUGGCGCAUAAGAUUUCAAAGCACCGAAUGAAGGCCCAGGCGUUGGGGUGGAGUUGGCAGGGAGCCGCGUUGAUGUCGCGGAGGACGGUUUGGACGAAGGGCGAGAAAGGAAGCCUGAUUCCAAGCUCGCUAAACAUGUAUUCAUACGGAAAGAAAAAGUGGGAUCUCUUUACGUCGCCGUUUGGCUUAUGAAGCCAGGGGCGAUCCCCGGGACUGCAAAUCCAGAUCCUGAGUUUGGCGUUAAACUCAUCGUCAUUGGACAAGCCACCCAGGGAGUUCACGAAUUGCACAAUGAGAUCGCUAUCUUGGAAGAUGGAAGGUUGGUCUAUAGCCUCGUGUUUGGGGGCUACUUGGACUGGAAGGGGCAGAGUGGCGUAGGUUUUUAGUCGGUAAGCUGGGAUCUCCGGAACCUCUAAACGGAGGCCGCCGGCGGCGGUGGAAUCAGGGUCGCUUUCGGAGGAGGAAGAGGAGUGAUUAGGGGAGGUAGGGUUUGAAGCCAUUUUUAGAAGGCAGCGAAGUGAAAGAAAGGAAAAGAUGAGUAUGUGUAUGAUGCAGAGAUAAGGACAGUGGGACUCACCGGAGUAAGAUGUGAAGAGUGGGUAGCGGAAGGGGUGAUAAGCGAUGGCUCCGGAACGGAAGUUGGCAGAAGGAGUCUGGUAAGCGAUUAGGGAGGUGAAGAGGGGUUUCGGAAAGGGAUGAUUGUAGGGAAGAAGGGUUUUUAUAGGAAAAGGGGGAAAGCUGGAAGGGUGACGCGUGUUGGACGCGUGUGGAAGGUCGGAAGUCAUGAUGGUUUUGGGAAAGUGGGUCGCGUGUAAUGGGGAGUUACUGCGCACGUUGGGACGGUUAUGAAAAGUGAAGUGACGGUUCCAGAGAAAGAGGGAAAUUGAUGUAACUGACACAUCACGUGGGGCAGUCACGUGGGGCAGUUAGGGAUUUGAAAGGAUUUUGAAAUAAGGGAAAGCGCGAAAAGCCUCGCCACUGAAGAAACCAAACGCCAUCGCCUGACAGGUGAUACCAGCAACAAAGUUUAGUCGCUCGACCGGGAAUACUGCCAGUCCAUGGUUGGAUGAUCAGCACGUGACCAAUGCCUGCCACCUUUCCCGCCGGCGAACAAUCAUGUACCUGCUCUAGUUAAUCGCCAGAACGGAGCGAUCGCCCUCGCCGCUUGUGGACUUGUGGACUUGUGGACUUGCCAGCUCGGGUUGCUCGCCAAGUCAGUGGACUAGGUGGCUAAAGAUGUUAAUUUCCUUUUACUCACGCCAUGUUGGCGACGUAGUUUGUCACACUUUUCUUAAGUCACGAUUGGCAGCUUAGAUCCCAGUAUACAAGGGCACAUGUAAAGGCAUUUAAAAGACACACUUAGCUCUCAUGCUUCGAGCUCGGUGUCUUGUGGACUAGUGGACUGGGUGAACCCCUAGAGGGACAACGCCCAGCAUGCAGCCCGCCCUGAGGCGGGGCCCUGGCCUUAAAAUUGGGCCUUGAUCUCGGAGGCCCAAUGGGCCCAAUGGGUAGUACCCAAGCUCUAUAAAUAGGAGGUGGUUACCAAUUGUAAGGGACUUUUGCUCAUUUGAUGAAAUAACACUUGAAAUUCAGCAUUCUCUUUGAUUCUCAUUCUCUCUUAGCACAAUUCCUUUACUUCUAGGUACUAUACCUCUCUUCAAUGUUCAUGGCAAGAACAACUUUUAAUUUGGUAUAGGUAGCAUCACAAAAAGAAAAGUAAUGAAAUGAUCAUACUCAAAAUGAUCUUAGGGAAACAAUGAAACUAAUUAGGACCAGGUCCCCAUGAUAGCAAAUUGGACCAUAUAAUUUAGAGUGAAUCAUCAUUUUGUUCCCUAAGAAAGUAGGUGCCGGUCAUAGUACUCCCUAGAAAUAAUUAAUGGUGAAAAGAAUUCCUGAAAGUGUUGACGUCGGUCAUAGUAGUCUCUAUUUAUGUUUGGCCGUUAUUCCCUGCGACGGAAAAUGCACAUGUGUCAAGUUAUGUGCCACGUAUUUAGUCCCUGACAAGCAAUUUAAUUUAAUUAUAAUUAAAAAAAAUAAAAAUAAAAAUCCUAGUUAGAAUUAUGAAUUAAAAAAAGACUAAAUAUUAAUUAUAAUAAUUUCCGACGUAACAAAAAAAAAUUAUAGUAAAAAAAACUACAUCUAGAGAGGAACCAAGAUCAUCAGAUUGAAGAGAGACCAAAAUCAAACAAAGAUCCAUCCACACAUCAUCAUCUUCUUCAUUUACCGUCACCACCGUUCCCCUCGCCAUGGUCGAGCCACCACACUAUUUAUGGAGAAAAUCACCACCACCACCUUAUCUCCUCGAUUUCGGCCAAAGUACCAGACCAAUAGACAAUUCGACACCACCUUUCGACUCCCCGUGAGGUGCGCAACAAAACCCCCAAGUCAAUUCGUCGUUUCGCCACAGCUGCCGACCACCGCCGCCUGAAAAUGGCUUUUCCGGAUGAUUACUUCGUCGUUUGAAGAAACAGACACCACCACGAAAAUCCUCGCCGCGAGUAAAUGAGGAUCCAGUAGCCUUUCCCCAUCGCCUCCAUGAUCCGCCGUGGAGGGCGAUUUUCGGCCAAGUUUCGAGGUUCUUAAAUCGCGAAAGCAUCAGCAAUCAAGGUUUGUUCAUAAAAGUUCCGACCUUUUCGCAAUUUGCGUCUUGAUUCGUCCAGAUGGGUUACUGGGUCUCUCUGAUUUCCCCCGAGGCUCAGAUCUAGUGUUGGAAAUUUCAAGUUGCAGAUCAGAGGUUUGUGUCAUUCUGGUGACAUGGAGAGGGCGGUGAAGUUCAUGGGGAGGAUGGAGGAACAUGGCAUCAGGCCUGGUGUUCAGACUUACAAUGUGGUGAUUCGUUAUUUUUGUGAUGUUGGGGAGCUUGAGAAGGGUUUGAGCAUGUUUUGAGAAGAUGGGGAUGGUUUGUGCUUGCCCAAUUUGGACAUGUAUAAUGUUCUGAUCAGUGCAAUGUUUGUGAGGAAGAAAUCAGAGGAUUUGGUGGUGGCUGGGAACUUGUUAAUAGAGAUGAUGGCUAGAGGGUUUUUGCUAAGAAAAUUUACUUAUAAUCGGGUAUUGAAUGGGCUUACUCUGACAGGAAAUCAAGAGUUUGGACAGGCAACACACAAGUUAUUCUGGGUUUUUUUUAGCAUGUUUUCUAGGAAGAAGGAUAAGGAAGAAGAAGGAUGGGGAGAUAAGUGGAGGUGCUAGACAUGGGUUUUUAACCAUAGAAACAUACAUGUAGGGGAUGUGGCCAAUUCCUAUCUUUCUCUUAGGUUCUGGGUAGAUGUUGUCAAACAAAAAGGUUCUGGGUAGAUGCUAUAUUCAAUUUGGGUUUCAUGUUUGCUUGAUGGUAGAAUCAAUUUAGGUUCUGUUCUCGAUUCCUACUACUGUUUUGAUUCCUAAUUUUUUAUUUUUUUAAUUCAUAAUUUUAAUUAAAUAUUUAAAUUUAAUUCGAAUUUUUUAUUCUUAUUUUUUUUAAUUAUAAUUAAAUUAAAUUGCUUGUCAGGGACUAAAUUGAUAAUAUUGGGGACAAAAUUGAAACCCACGUGGCACAUAACUUGACACAUGGGCAUUUUCCGUCCUAGGGACUAACGACCAAACAUAGAUAGGGACUACUAUGACCGACGUCAACACUUUCAGAGAUUUUUUUCACCAUUAAUGAUUUCUAGGGACUACUAUGACCGGCACCUACUUUCUUAGGGACCAAAAUGGUAAUUCACUCUAUAAUUUAUGUAGAAACCUGCAUAUUCUUCCUCUGCAGUGUCAACGAAAUUUAAGGAGAAUGGAAGAUGUGUUUUAUUGAUCACAAUGUCAUUGAAUUUUUGAAAAGGUCACAUAAACCAGUGGAAGAAGGAAGAGUCUCGUGCUGUACAAAUAUAACGUUUUUUGUGUGUUUAAAGUUUAACCUAUGGAGAAGCAUAUAUGUAUAUCAUAAGGAUCUUUAGUUUUGGAUUGAAAUUUUUGGUAGUUUUGUUAUUAAUCCAGAUAUGAACCUUAUUAGCUUGAGUGGAGAAUUGUAAAGCUAGUAACCAUUUAGUUAAGGAGAUGAUGUAGGAAAUAAAUAUGGCAUACAAACUAUUUUAUUACAUACUUAGCUUUUGUUAGUAGUCAAUUUACACUCUUAAUAACACUACACUUUCACAAACUCUGUUUUCCUUCUUGAUUAAAUCUGUCACUUAAUUUACGUGACUUUGGUCAUAGCAAGCCAUUCUUGUGCUUUUCAUAAUGGUGUCAAUUUACUCUAUCUACUACAUGUUAGAGAUUAAAUGGUUAUAAAAUAUGGUUUUCUUGGUAAGUGGUAGUUAUAACAAAAAAAAAAAGAAUUAAUGGUCCACGGGUACUAUCUAAUUAAGUAUGGCCAGAUGAUACAGUUUUAGAUUUCACUAUAAUUAUAUGACAUUAGUGAUUACCUUCACAACACCUAGCCAUUAUAAAUCUCUCCUAUAAUAUAGUUGUCUUAUAUCCACACUACAUGAUAGGAUUAGACUACUAAAAAUGCCCUUGCAUCCUACACGAUAGAGUUGAGUUAGAUUAUGAGAUUAGUUUUGAAACAAUGGAAAUACAAAAGAGUUUGAGAAAAUAUUUUGGUGAAAACAGGGCCUUGAGGCCGUGGGUAUGUAGAAGGACAGAGGAGGAACUUUAUUUGAGUUUGUUUAUUGGUUAAUGGAUUUAGUUGGGAAGGAUUUAUUUUUACGUUAGGUGAUUUAAGACCUCAAUGAGUAUUCUAAUGGAGACUGAGAACUCUAAGGAAAACGAGAGUAGUAAGUAUUAAUUAUGUAUACUUUUCUAUGUUAACAAAGAUAUAAGUUUUUGGUUUUAAAGUGAUUUACUAAUUCAAAAGCUUUUGAAGCGUUGUUUAUUGUGUUUUGUUGUCAUUAUGACGACUUGUCUUGAUUUCUGAAAUUGAUCCUAAUGGGUUAUAACCAUUAUGGGGAUUAGGUUUAACAUACAUCCGCUUCGAGUCAAUUGCCUGAAGUCAUAGCUUUAGACCUUGAGUUAGUAGGUUAACUCAAAUAGUAAUUAUGUUAUGUGUACUUGUGAAGGGUACGAAUAACGAGAGCGCUUGACGACGAAGCUAAAGAAUAAAAGAAAGCGAACCGACACGGGAAAGCAAAUAUGUGUUGGGAUUGGAAUUGCAGUUAGUACUGAAUACUAGAUAAUGAAUUAGGUGUCGACGAAUUCGACUUGAUUUAUUGUUUAUGCACUUGAUUGUGUUUGACUGGGAAAAACGUUUUCUGAGGCUUCGGCUGACAAUUGAUAAUCAUUUAUCGCUUGAUUGUUGUUGAGAUUGAUUCACAUGCUAAAUGCUACCUGGUUAAUCUAGGAUGUGUGAUAUUUGCCUUAUAUGCUAAGUGCUACAUGGUUAUUCUUCAAUGUGUUGAUAUAUGUGCCAUGACUGUUGGAUUGUGUUACUUUGAUUAUGCAAAUACACAUAUAUCUGUUGUUCGCCAGAGUGAGGAUAACGGGCGGUUAUGCCAGAAUUUAUCGCGAGAUUUUGAGAAAGUUUGACGGGACGAACGGAGGUUCGGGCCUUGUUAUUGUUUUGAUAGAUCGAGAUCUUCUCUGGGAAUUACUUGGGAUUAUGGGAUCUUUUAAACUCAUAAGUUUAGAGACAAAACUAAAUGGAAACGAUUUUACAAGGAAAAUUCAUAAGAUAUUAAACAACCUCUGAAUCUUUAAAUGAUGAUCACAAUCGCAAAUAAGGGCUUAGGACUUGAAUAUUAGUUUUGAAAAAUGAGAAGUGUCGCCGAGUCCAAGUUUUGAGGAAACUAAUGAGUUUCUGAGUAUGUUGAUACUCUUUGCUCGAUGAGCAGUUUUGUUGUUGGACUAUCUAAAAGAUAAGUCGGGAAAAUUAAUAAGUUUCUGAGUAUGUUGAUGCUCUUUCGCUCGAUGAGCUGAUUUGUUGUUGGGCUAUCUGAAAGAUAAGCCGGGAAACGGGUAGUUUCCAAGUACAUUGGUACUUUUUGCUCGCUGAGCAGUUUUUGACCAUCGGAUGGAGAUGAGUCGGAUGAUUCGAGAAAUCAUCAUGAGAUACUUUUUAUAAUUAAUUGUCUUUUGUCGCAGAAUCGACAUUUACCUUAGGGUAUUCUUUUUAGAGACAAUUAGUUAGCUAGAACACGUGACGACAUGAUGAGUGAGGUAGGAGACGUUGUCUGGCUAACCACUUGCAUUCAUACACGGUGGGAUGCCGGACCUCGUUGGAUUCCAAAAAUGGUCAUAAGACCCGGAUUUCCAUGUAAGAACACUGCGGUGAUUCUUGGCAGCAGACGGAAAUGGCAGGCCUGCGGGUUUACUGCUUAUCUGACUACACUUUGUUUGGUAUAAGAGACACCCGAGCAGAAAUGGUCCCACCGUGGCUGGUGUUAGGGCUGACUCGUUGGUGCCUAUCCCUCCGGAAUGCAUCUUGUUCCUUUGCAUAUGCAUUUCAUGCACCAUUCAUGCUGAUUUUAGUUGCUGUUUGUAUUUGUUACCUGUUAACGUUUUGAGAUAUGUUAAUUGCCAGCAAAUGUUAUUUAUUCCUAUUUGACAGAUUAUGCAAUUUAUAAUGUUGACAUUCAUAAUUAAGCCUAUGUGGCUACUACUUAAGUUUUGCCUAUUGGAUGUACUAUUAUGUAAUUCUUUGAGUUGACCCUUGCGCGUGCUACCUGUGUAUGGGGGGCUAUGUAUGCCCUUUUUGUCAGAUGUCGAUGGCCGAGUGGUUCGACAUGGUCGUCCCUUCGGGGGGGACCAGGUUUGAGUUAUUAGACACGGACACCCCGGGCUCUUGGGUGGUCGACCCCACAGGUCACCGAGCCAUCUACACGGGGCGAAUAAUGGAGGACCACGUGGACCGAAUGGGGAACCUGACGCAAGGAGUCUUGAGACGCCACACGGUUAGCUUCAACCUACCGCCGGGCGUGCACUGUGGCCCUGGAGUUGUGGUACCACCACCAUCACCUGAGGACGAGGAGGACCCUUCAGAGGAGUUUCCUGUAGGAGGGGCUUCAUCUGAGUCUAGCUCACCCACCGUCGCGGCAGCUGCUGUCUUGGGAUCGGGUACAGUACCCGUGGGACCCGCUGUGAGGACUGAUGCAGUCAUUGACGUGAUCGUUUUGGAUUCAGAUUCAGACGACGAUCAUGGUGAUGCGUAGCUGGGAGUGGUGUGUAGUACUCCUCUAGUCGGGAUUAGGGUAGGAGUAGCGUCGUGGCUCUGAUCUUCAGUUUUUCUCAUUUUGGGGCAGGGUAGGUCCCCGACCUUUAGCUUUUUGUGUGGUUCUCUUUACGGGAGUCACAGGGAGUUGGUCGGAUUAGGAGGUCUUCGGGCUGUUUUGAGCUGACCUACUUUCUUUUGGAGGACUGUAUAUCAGAAUAUUGACCUUAUAUUUUGUGUUGUACAUAUUUGCCGUCAGGCACUACUUUCCCGUCGCUGGAGGUUACUCGUGACGAGGUAUGCUGUUUACGGUGGGGAUUGUAUAUAUAUUUGUAUAUUAGUCUUGUU